CGCAGUAGUUUGAAUGGCUAAUCGUGGACAACCCGUAAUAAUGUCUGUUUUUGUUUAGCGAAUUGUUUAUACUUAUUCAAAUAUUUGUAAUGUUAACCAAAGAAUGUCGUGUGUGUGGUCGGAGCAAUAUAUGCUCCAGGGCUUUGUAUCUCUUCGAUUCCGGGAAUCGCAAACAUUUACGUUAUGUCCAUAUGCUUACUGGGCUGCGGCUAAGGAAUCGCCUGGAUUUGCCAGUGAUGAUGUGCUACUGCUGUCAAUCGGAUAUUAAAACAUUUAUGACAUUUCGCCGACAAUGCCUUAGGAAUGCCAAAAGAUGGAAUCCUCAAGUGAAAAAUGAGGACACAUCCCAAAGUGAGACAGAAGAUAAGAAACCUGAGCCUUUGAUUGAAGAAAACUCCGUUGCUCCCGUUGAUUCCACAGUGAAUGGUCGACGCAUCAUGCCAAAACGAAAGUCACGUGGAAAACUAGUGGUUAAAAAAGAUAAUGAAACGGAUUUGAAUUCUGACGAGGAUUGGGAACCUUUGCAACCUGUCCAGGUAAUUGUUGAGCAAGAUAAACAGUCAGUUUGCGAGGAAGAGCAGGAAAAAGAAGAACGCGACCAAUUGGCUCUCACUGGCGAUGAGGACGGAACGGAGGACGCAAAUGCCACAGUUAAAUUUGAGGAAAGCGAUGAGGAAAACGCCAUAGAACCUAAAGUAGAAAGUUCAAGUUGGGAGGAGGAGGAGCAGGAACAGGAGGAAGAUAAGCGAAAAGAUAGAAUGAGACAACCCAAAAUUCAAGAAUACAAAUGUGAUAUAUGUGGUGUGGUCAAGAACAAUAAAUCAUCUUUAGUCAGGCAUCACUAUACACAUACGGGAGAACGGCCGCAUCCCUGCAAAGAGUGUCCCAAAGCCUUCUUAUCGGGCAAUGAGCUGCGUGCCCACAUUUUAACGCAGCACACCAAAGAACCUCCAUUUCCCUGCCGAUAUUGUGAUCGCCGUUACUUCUCGGCGAUAGGCCGCCAAAAACAUGAAAGAGUCCACACGAAUGAACGUCCCUUUGUUUGCGAUCAAUGUGGAAAAGCCUUCACAAGGGUGUGCAUAAUGAGGCAGCAUAUGCUAACCCAUACGGGCAUGCGUAGAUUCAAGUGCGACAUAUGUGAUCGUUCAUUUACACUGAAGAAACACCUUUCCACCCAUUAUAUAUCGAACACACAUAAACGGAAUGCCGAAAAAGCUGAAGCAGAGAAAAACCCGUCUGAAAUGAAGACCGAAUUGGAAUUUAUAACCAUAGAACGAAAUAUUAUCGAGGGGAUUUAACCGCAGUCUAAAUUUUAGUCAAAACGAUGGUCGCUUCUGAAGAAAUGGAGCUAUUAAUGGAUUUGGACCGUUGUUGUUGUACCGUUAGUCUUUCUGUUUUUUUUUUAAACAUUUUAUAGAGUAAGUGUUUGAGAUUUAUGUUAACAGAAGUGGAAUUCACUAAACAAAAUAAAAAAAGAGAAUUACUUACUAGUUCUUACUUUAUGUA